AUGACGUUUUCAAGGAAAAGUACCCUGAACCUUAACAAAGUUGAGGGUGAUGUCCAUGUUGGCUUCAACAAGCUCUUGGCUGAACUCAACAAAGACGGAGCCCCAUAUGCACUGAGUCUGGCCAAUCGCCUCUAUGGAGAGAAGACCUACAAGUUUGUUGAGAAAUUCCUUGAUGACACUAAGACACUCUACCUUGCCGAGUUGGAGGCUGUUGACUUCAUCUCAAAUGCAGAGGCGGCCCGAGUAAAAAUCAACAAAUGGGUGGAGAAAAAGACACAAGAGAAAAUCAAGGAUCUGUUGGCUAAAGGGGAUGUGGAUGAUGAAACAAGACUUGUGCUGGUAAACGCCCUCUACUUCAAAGGCGACUGGGAGAUGAAGUUCUACAGGGGCAAUACCACUGAAGUACAAUUUAAGAUCAACGAGAAUGAAAGUAAGCCUGUGCAAAUGAUGCAUCAGACGGCUACAUUCCCCUUUACCUACGUCCCCGAUGUCGACUGCCAGAUUCUGGAACUCCCCUAUGAGGGUAAAGACAUGAGCAUGCUCAUUAUGCUCCCAAACAACAUGGAGGACAACACCACUGGACUGGAGAAGCUGGAGCAGAUGCUCACGUAUGACAAACUUGUGGAGUGGACCAGGCCUGACAUGAUGCACACCGUGGAGGUCAAGGUGGGUCUCCCCAGGUUCAAGCUGGAAGAGACCUAUGACCUCAAGGAGAUCCUGGUCAGCAUGGGCAUGGUGGAUACCUUUAGCCCCCAGAAGUGUGACUUCUCCGGCAUGUCCUGCAACAAUCUGGUUCUGUCCAAGGUCGUGCACAAGUCCUUUGUGGAAGUGACCGAGGAGGGCACUGAGGCAGGCGCAGCUACAGCUGUCACAGCUACACUUACCAGUAUGCCUCUGAUACAAAAAAUGUUCAUGGCGGACCACCCCUUCCUCUUCUUCAUCCGACACAACCCCACACAGAGCAUCCUCUUCUAUGGCCGCUACAGCUCCCCUUAAGCUGAGGCUAGAGUGGUAAAGAAGUCUACAUAGAAAGAUGUCUCAGGAAUGUCUGAAGAGAUCCUGUGUCUGACUAACUACCUGUAACCUAAAGUCUUACUAUAA